CUAGCCAACCAUAUUAUCCCAUGACUUUAAGAUGAAUGACAAAGCAUAUUUCAUGUACUCAGAUAAGAAAACAACGAUUUUAUAAUAUUAUGCUUCAAAGAUACGCAUUAUUGAGACUACCAUAAUUGCCUAUGAACUCUUCUUUAUUCAAAGUGAAAACUACAGAUCCAGAUGUAGUUGUUUAACUGUGGAGUCCCAAAUCAUGUUUAUCUGACGUGACCUUGUUUUUACCAGUUGUAUUUCUAUGCACUUCUUUUUGUCCCUAAUAUGAAAAACCUUCAGGAAAAGCUGUCUGAACUUGACCAAGAAGCUCAAUCAGAGAAUGCGCAAUUAGACAUUGUUCUUCAAUCGAUAUCCGAACCUUUGCAAUGGCUUAAUUACAAUAACGAUUCUACAGUUACCAAAGCCGAACAACUGUCUCUUGUCAAUCAUAUAGUAUGGAAGCGUCAUGUAUGGAACAUAUUUAAAGAAAUACUACCUCGUUGGGCCUUUACGUUAUCUAGUUCUACACACCGUUCUCUACUAGAGGCAACCAUAGCCUGGGGUCCUGAUUCGAGCGUCGCCUUUGCCAUGGCCAAGGUGAGCUUACCCAUUCUCAUUGAAUGUCUAUCGACACAGGAUCAGGUCUCACUUGACACGAUGGAAAUGUAUGCCUCUUGCUUGAAAUAUUUAUCUUUGGAUCGCUCAGUUUUUAAAUUAUAUUGUCGCCAUGCUUCGAAAAUUGAUGCCACAUUCCUUUGCACUUUACUAUGUUCAAUUCCAGGACAUUUAGCUAACGUCUUUCGUAUUCAGCUCAAUGAAGUUUCUUUCGGUGACCAACACGAAUGGUAUAUUGAUAGAAAUUUUUAUGCAAGCUGCAGCGAAAGGCUAGCAGAAAAUCUUGAUUCAAAAUCUGUGUUAUUUGCCAAAGAAUUUGUAUCAAAAGUAACAAGACAAGGGUAUGGAGAUAUUUUAAUCAAAUCCAUUUAUCCCAUUGCAAGGCAAUCGCCUAACUAUUGGUCAUCGGUUUUGGAGCUUUCGCUCGAUCAACUAACAGGACCAAUUUUACAGCAUGUCAAGGUAGAAAUACUUACAAAACAAAGUAUGAAUAGUGCAUCGAAGGAGCUCGCCUUGAUAUUGUUUAAGGAUCUCGAAGCAUCGAAGUCACUCUGUGUGGAUGAUUUCUUAAAUACAGCAUUAUUACGAUUGACAAAAGCAAGUUGGGCCGACGAUCAGCUAGCUAGACUUGCCAUUUGUACAGCUAUUCAUACAAAAGGUGUUAAGGAUUCGAAACUGUCGCCUGAAUCAGAUGCCUUGAUUUUGAAGUAUACACAUCGCUUAAUCGAAACGUGGUCUGAUCCGACGUUUGUAAAGCAUACGAGCUUUAGGGAACGUACAUAUGUUACAAUGGCUAUAUUAUGUUGCAUUGCUUAUCUACCGAAUGCUGUUCUUGACAGUAAAAUCAUGGCAGAAAUAUUGCCUAGUGUCAACACUUAUUUCAAUAGUGGGGAUAUACCAACUGCUCAAUUGGGUGCUAUCGUAGCCGAGGGUAUCACGUCUAAAAUUGAUAAGCACAAUCCCGUGAAAACUGGUCUUUUAGAUUCUAGCGAAGAAUUAAAAAGAAUAAGGGAUCUUGUUUAUGUUACAGAUGCAUUUAAAGAAGAUGAAGGUCCCUCUCCAGAGAUCGACAUUCCUCAUCAAGAAACUGAAGAAGAGGUAGAUGAAGAUGAAGGCUUUGAUCCCGAUUCGACUUAUUGUCCCGAUGACGACGAAGACGACGAUAGCGAUGAUGAGUUCCAGGCGUAUCAGAUGGAGGAAGAAUCGGACGAUGAAGGUCUCAAAAAACAAGAAGCAUCGAAAUCAAAGGCUAAGAAGCCUGCGUUCAUACGUGAUUUAAUUCGGUAUCUUCAAGAUCAAAGUGAUGCGCUUAAACUCGAGAUUGGAUUGAAUGCGGCAGAACAAUUAAUUCGUCAAAAAAUGAAUAGUGGAACAGAGCUGUCCGAGUAUUCAACAGAGUUGGCUAGAUAUUUGAUUUCGUUUCCCGAAACAUUUGAAAUUGAUCAGUUUAGAAGCUUACAACAAAAUGCCUUGGUUGCUCUAAUGGUAGCUGUUCCCGAAGCAGUAACUGGGUUUAUUAUCGAUCAAGUAUACGACCGUAAUACAUCAUCGGGCCAGAAACAAAUGAUAUUGAGCGCACUAUCAUUGGCAGUAAGGGAAUUAGCUGGCUGGUCACCUGAGACUAUUGUGGAAGAGACUAGAAAAGAACUCGAGGCACCACAGACACUAGGUACGACUUUAUUUUUAUCAAAAAGAAUACAACUUGAGAAGAACAGGAAUCAAGUGGUCAAGAAAAACCGCUUAUCUGGAUUAGCCGGGCCCGUAUUUUUUUUCCCGCUGUUGGUUGGCUGGUGGGAGGGAGCACAGGGACGUAUCAAAUUUUGGAUUGGGAAUGACAAGGUUCUAUCAGAAAGAUUCAUCAUGACUUUGAAUAUUAUUUUACAUAGUUCAACUAAUUUGCCGGAUAAAAGAAGAAUUGUCAAAGAAUACUUUGAAUUUGUUUCAUCGAUGAGAUAUACAAGCCAUGAUUCUGUUGGUGUAAAGAAGGCUUUACUGUUAGGAAUUGAUACUAUUAUUAACGUGAGUUACAAGGACCAAGAAAGACUUUUGUUUCAGGAUUAUACAAGAGAAUUGACAGAAAUCAGAGACUGGUUAGAAGUAAUCAUGGAGAAUAAUUCUGAAGCGAAAAUCCAGGAAAUAGCGUUGAGAAUAGUUUUUAGACUGUCUCAAAUAAGCACGCAAAUGACAGGAUGAAAAAGAAGCUCAUGGCUAAUCUUUUUUAAAGUUCACUCGGAAUUUUAUUUCCAAACAAUAAAGUACGUUGCACAAGAAAUACGUAAGAUUCACAUGAGUCGACCUGAAAGAGAGUCAAGAUAUUCCACGUGUAGUGUUCAUAAGUUGUGCUUGUUAUUGUGAUUCAUAAUAAUAUCAGGCUUAAGAGACUGACUUGUGUCAAGGGCUAAUUUAUAGUAGGUCAAGUACCCCAAGUUCCUGAGCAAAGUCGGCUAUUCACGGAAUGAUCGGAACACCAAGGUAAAUUCACCUAUUUGUGCUUGUAGAAAUCCAUAUAAUGAUAAUGUUUGACACUACU